AUGUCGAUUGCUACUUCCAUCAACGGGUGCCUAACCUCCGUCACCGCCGCAGCCAAGACCUCUAUCCAAAGAACCGCUUCCCGCCCUUCCUUCUUUGCCAGGUUUGAGUCAUCUUCUUCCGCUGCUUCCGUCCCCCGUCUCAUCAGAGACCAGCCCGUUUUUGCUGCUCCAGCUCCCAUCAUCACCCCUGUUGUGAGAGAAGAUAUGGAGGAGGCCAUUGCCGGACUUAAGAAGGUUCUCAGUGAGAAGGAAGAAUCAGGCCCCGUUGCAUCUGCCAAAGUUGAUCAAGUUACCGCCCAGGCGGCAUCAACUGACAGCAAACCCUUUGAUCCCGUCGAGCACAUCAAGCAGGGUUUCAUCAAGUUCAAAAAGGAGAAAUAUGAGGCCAAUCCAGCUUUGUUUGCUGAGCUUGCCAAAGGCCAGAGUCCCAAGUACAUGAUAGUUUCCUGCGCUGACUCUCGGGUUUGCCCAUCUGUUGUGCUGGGUUUGGGACCUGGUGAGGCCUUCACCAUCCGAAAUGUUGCCAAUAUGGUCCCUCCAUAUGACCAGGUAAAAUAUGCUGGUGUUGGGUCUGCCAUCGAAUAUGCAGUUCUGCAUCUCAAGGUGGAGGUUAUUGUGGUUAUAGGCCACAGCGCCUGUGGAGGAAUUAAGGGACUCAUGACUUUCCCAGACGACGGACCCAACUCCACCGACUUUAUCGAAGAUUGGGUCAGAAUCGGUUUACCAGCAAAACGUAAGGUGAAAGCAGAGCUCGGUGAUGCUCCUUUGGCAGACCUGUGCUCAUUAUGUGAAAAGGAGUCUGUGAAUGUAUCACUUGGAAACCUGCUAACUUACCCAUUUGUGAGAGACGGAUUGAGAAACAAAACUCUGUCUCUGAAAGGCGGUUACUAUGAUUUCAUCAAGGGAUCAUUUGAGCUAUGGGGACUUGAUUUCGGCCUUUCUCCUUCUGUCUCUGUAUGA